UCGGAUUGGGCCGCUGAAAGACAAACUCUGAUUGGCUACAGGUCCUAUAACCCCUCCUCUUCGCUCCUCCCUCUUCCUCUUAUUCCCGCCUUCCCCUCAAAAUCGACGCCUCAUUUUAUACCUAUGGAAAGUGGCCUGUGAUUGGGUCGCUGAAAGAGAAGCUCUGAUUGGUUAAGUGACAUCGACUCGCUCCUCCUCCUUUUUUCGUCUUCCCGCCUUCCCUUCAAAAGCGCCGCCUCAUGCUGUCCCUCACUUCUUACCUGCUUUUUGAUUGGACCGCUGAAAGGAAGACUCUGAUUGGGAGAGUCAAAACAUCUUAACAUAAAUGCAUCAUCAGCAUACAAUUUAAAAUACAGUAGAAUUUCACUUACCCAACAUUUGCUUAUCCAACAUUCUGGAUUAUCCAACGCAGUUUGCCUCUUGCCCCGAUCCACAGCUGUUUCUCUAGGCAGCACGGAUUAAACUUUUUAUGGAUUUAAUUUCCGACCAUGUUGCUACUGAAUUCAGCAACCCAAGACCACAAACUUCAACCUUCCAAAGCACAUUUGAUGGACAGCCCAGGGCGGAGGCUCUCAGCCAAUGGGAGGCCGGCGGGGGCGGGAUGAGAACGUUCCCCUGGAAUUAGUUCCCAUUAGAGUCCGGCUUCUUUCUAAGGUCGCAAGAUCAGUUGCUGACUGAAGAUGUCUAAGUUUGCAGAGGAUGAAGUCAAAAAGUAUAUCAGGACUAAUUUGAAAAAGUUCAAUCGCAUCCGUGUGGCUCAGAUGAUCCAACUCCCCUGCCUCACGGAUAUGGAUCGGCAACAACUCAAUGCACAUCUCAUGCUAAAAGGGAACGAUCAAACCGUGUUUGAGUUCUUCCAGCACCUGCAGUGCAGGUACGGCUGGUUGGAAAUCCUCAUUGAGGCUCUCCAGGUGGAUGGCUUAGAAGACUUAGCCAGGGAGCUCCAGGACGUUUACAACACAAAUCUACCCCCGUCUCAACGCAAGGCUCCACUAACUGCAUCGUCCCCUGCUGUGGGGAAUCCGCCUCCGCCAAUGCGAUCCGGUGCUGUGGGUUUCAGUUCACCGGCUUCUUCUGAACGAAUGGCGUCCCCUCCGCGGGAUCUGAGUCAUAGGGAAGCCCAGGCUUCUCCGCAUUUGCUCCCUGAGCGCCAAAGAGCUGCACCCUCAAUCCCCAACCCAUCCUCAGCCGAAAUGAGCAGUUACCAUGCACCUGUUCAGGAAACUGACGAGGCCAUGGCAGAAUCAAAGGCAACACAUCACCCCGAAAUUCUGGAAUUUCAUGCACAAGCCUUGCCAUUUAGUGUACCAGCUGCGGAGAGGAGUCCGAUUAAUGCCGGAGCCCCCUCUGCUCCCAGCCCAUCCCAUGCCUUGUUGACACAGGACCACGUAUUACCUGGCACUUCUCUACCGAUGCCAUCUGAAGCCAGCGCCUCAACUCAGCAGUGGAACAGCCAUCAGCAGCGCCCAGUCUGUGUCAGAAACGGCUAUUUCGGGAACGCUGGUCUUGUGGCAAUGGAUAGCGGUGCCUCCCCAGCCCGUGCUGACCCUCUUGCCCACAAGUUGCCUGGAAAUCAGCCAGUGGAGGAUUUCUAUUUGUCAGGUCCAAGCAGCCAAGAUGAUUCGCAGGAGGAAGAGCGGCUGCGGGAGCAAAAUGCCCGGGCGCCAAGCCACUCAGUCAAAGGGAACAGCAACUUGCAGGGACAGACAGAUGUAGGGCGAGGGGGAGCCACGGAUCGAGGGAGAAACAGCCCCACAAAGAAGGGCGACAGCGAAAGUCCAGUGGUCGUCAGGCCUCGGAAUUCCCAAGAAAGAGGUGACCAUGUUGCAACGAUUGCCACUCCUCAGCCCAUCUCCAGAGUUCCUCAGCUUGGCAGUUCUCUUUCCAGCCGUCCCCUGCGACCCUGGCGCCCAUCAGAGAAUGUGAACGUCCCCCCAAAUCCCAUUGCUGUGCCACCUUCUGGCUUUGACGAAUUCUCUUCCACGGUUGCCAUCCCACCAAGCUCACAUUCCUCUGUGCAAAGUAGGGCGGACUUUGGGGACCCAAAGGCUCCCAUUCAAGAGAGGAAGUGGUCUGCUGGAGGAGACACAGACGCUCCUACAUUGGCACAAGAUAAGGUGUCCAGGGUAAGCCAGCCUUUGUGCACGGUAAAUCCAAGGAAGAGAAGGAAUGGUUCUUCAUGUAUCACCAGAGGCAAUGAUGACGGUGAUGAUGAUGAUGAUGAUGAUGGCCCAUGCAAACCUGGGGUCCUGAAAUCGGUCCCAGGCACAAGUUCUCCAGGGCAACUCUUUAAUGACCCAGAGACAGUAUAUUCUGGCAGAUCAGAAAGGUUGUGCAUGAGUUCUUUAACGGAAGACCCUUUAAUUCUGAGCGAUUUGAGCGGUCCACCUGGAGAGCAGCACUCUGACUCAGUUCUAGGUGCCAUUUCAGGACGAAAUGUGAUGGGUGAAAGAGGUGACGCACCUCUUCAGCUCUCAAAUGCCGACCAAGAGGUCGGCGGGUCCAUCAGAACCUAUGAGGUCCAAGUGGGGAAAGAUGCCAGUGUGGAUCUCACCACAGCCCCAAAUAUCAUUGACCCUCGGAGACGCCAAGCGAAUCGGUCUUCACCUGACUGCCCUGAUUUGGCGACAGAUCCUUCACUAAUCACACCAGCCAAUUCCCAUGAAGGUGAAGCAUCAAUUCCUGAUGAUGCUUCACCUCCACGGAUCCCAGAUGAUUAUAAAUUGCCUCUUGUUGGGUUGGCUUUGGUGGCUUUGGCAGCCAUAGCAUUCGCCCUGUAUAAGAGGAAAUAGGGUGAUAGAAAUUGCCCAUCGGUCCUAUGCCUAGCCAAUAAUACAACAGCCUUCCUACCCACUUAUGCCUUCAAGCGGAGGGGAAAUGCUUUCUUCUAAUAUACAUUUUACAUAAAUUUGCAUGAUGCCCACAGCAAUGGGAAACUCACCAGCUGCCUUGCACGUUUACCUUGGUCCACUUUUAGAUCUCUCUUCAAGAAUGGGACUUUUUAAAAAAAUCAGACAGAUAUCAUUUGAUAGGUAAAAUGUAGUUGGAUAUAUCAGCCUGUCAUUAAUGUCUCUCCUGAUCAAUUCAGUCAGAUUUCUCUGGUGGAAUGAUGGCUUUUUCUAAAUAACAGUUAAUAAAAGAUACAAUGUGUUGUUGUGGAAA